AACAAUACUCUAGAAUGAAGCAGAAUUAGUCUAGACACUUUUUGUUGAGGUGAUAACAGCUGUUUGUCUUUUUUGUGAGGUUUUCUCUUUCUUUCUUUCUUUCUUUUUUUCCUGAAGCAGUGGGCAGUCCAGCCCACCAGAAAAGAGUAGAGAAAACUACCAUCUUACUGGAAGGUGCACAUCUUCACAUUUUCACAUGUGGGACUGCUACAUAGACCAAAAUGAUCUGGAUCACUUUAUUUCUGCAUCUUCUUGCAUCAUCAGCUAUGAAUACUAGCAGGAAUGAUCCUGCUAUGUUGACUGAGAAGUCUGAGGAUGUCUCUCUUCAAGGCCAAAAAGAGCAUUACGACAGAGACACAGGCAAAGACAAAUGCACUAUGCCAUGUGAAAUGACUGCAAAGCUAAUGCGUGAUGAGAAACAUUCCUUGUGUAAUAACCUCCAGCAUACCAUAGUGUCAUAUACAAGAAACACUAGGAAGCUGAUCAGAGAUCUCAUUGAUGAACAGCAAAAAGCUUUGGAAUUUCUCUCAAGUCAGAUAAUCAAGCUUACAGAUAAAGUAAACACACUCAGUUCAGAUGUGCAGAGAAGCAGCUGUGACAUCUUUUCCGUGAAGCCCAUGGAGUCCCAUGGGAAAGACUGUAGUGACAUCCAAGAGACACUAGGUGCCGUGUCUCCAAAAAUCCCAAGUGGAAUUUAUAUAAUUCAGCCAGAAAACACAGAUGUUUCCUUUGAGGUGUUCUGUGAGAUGGAUUACAUGGAGGGCGGAUGGACGGUAAUACAGAGACGGACAGACGGCCUCACUGACUUUAAACGAAUGUGGUCAGAGUACUUGGAUGGAUUUGGACACUUACCGGGUGAACACUGGUUGGGUUUAAGAAAAAUCUUCAACAUUGUGAAUCAGAGAAACACACGUUUCCAGCUGCACGUGUCCCUGGUCGCGCAAGAUGACACUACGGCCUAUGCCUCAUAUGAUAAGUUCUGGCUUGAAGACGAAACCAAAUUCUUUGCAAUACACCUUGGCAGAUAUGCUGGUAGUGCAGGAGAUGCUUUUCGAGGGUACGACCAAGAGCAGAAUCAAGACACGGCUCCUUUCAGUACCUCUGACGUUGACAAUGACGGUUGUUCUCCGUUCUGCAAUUUUGCUGAUAAAGCUGUUGAGAGCUGCAGUGUGAACCAGAACAACACAGGGUGGUGGUUUAACCAGUGUGGCAAGGCAAAUCUGAAUGGCUCACCACUGGACCAAGAUCUCUCCAGCCAGUCACAUAUCCACUGGGACACCUGGACCAAAAAUGGCACGCUUGUCAAAAUCAAAUCAGUGACUAUGAAGAUCAGGAGAGUUGAGAUCCCGAAUUUAAAAUGAAUCACGCUUCUGAAAAUAAUGUAUUAAAAUGGAACAAUUAAUAAUUUGGAGUCACUUAAAACUUGCACUUCUGCCCUGUGAGCUUUUCUAAAAAAAAAAAAAAAAAAAAAAGCAAUUUGUAGGAAUAAACCAUUUGUCAUUAUGAUUUAGUCCACCAUGCUUUUUAAUCCUGGGUCACAGGCCAAAAUAUUCAUACUAAUCUUUUCAGUGUUAUGAAUAAAGGGAAUUGUGUCAUUACUAAAAUGUACUGUUUACAUGGAACCACACAUUAAACCAAAUAAUUCAGUUAAAGACACUGUCAAACUAUCAGCACCGGAAAUUCCCAGGAGUACAAUUCUCAACUGACUGUUUACAUGAGAUUUUACACAAAACACUCAUAGGCUGUUUUUGCCAUUUUCAGAAUAUAAUAAUAAUAAUAAUAAUAAUUAUUAUUAUUAUUAUUAUAAUUAUAAUAAAGAAGGUAUCUUUGAGAAGUAACAUACAAUGAAAAUGUGUAAAAAUCUAUAAUUUAAAAUAAAAUAAAGUAACAUUGUGAGGUAUGAAGUCACAGAGAAAUAAAGUCACACAAUUCCAAUAUAUGAAGUCACAGUUUAGGAAAUAAAGUCACAAGAUGUGAAGUCACAAUCAUGAUAAAGUCCUGAGAGUUAUGAAAGUUAUAAAAGUUUACUGAAGCUAAAACCAAAACAACAUACCACAAAAAAACCCUAGAAAAAUGAACUAAAAACCAGAGAUGUUCCCAAAAACUCUAAACUGAAACUAUCUCACGCUUAGAAAUAAAACUGAAAUGAUCCUAAACUACUUUCAGUUUUCGUUUUGGACUCUUUGGACUACAGCUGAAUAAAGUGGCCCUAGCAAUCCCUAAAAAGUAGCGGGCCAUCAUACUGUUCUAGACAAUGAAAGCCAACCUCCUGAGUCAGAGUAGAAAGGGUGAAAGGGCAUUUAGUUACUUACAGAGAAAUACCAUUUUAACAUCUUAUUUACAAACUCUACAUGGAGCUUUUAACGAAUAUCAAUUUAGAUGCAUUCUUUGUAUGGCAGAAUUAAAUUAUGAUAGAAGCUUAACAAGUCUAAAGCAGCGUUCCACGAUAUACCGAUACUAAAAAGGUGUCAUGAUAGCCUGAUUUUAAAAACGCUAUGAUUCCUCAGUUUACUAUUAUCAGUACUUUAAGAAUUCGUUUUAAUAAGAGCCGUAUUUCCUGAGUUGCGUUGAUGUGUGACAGUGGGACAGUGUGUGUGCAGCCCCCUGAUUCCACACUACAUAAACACUAGUCAUGCCAAACUUUAUAUAUCUGUGAUGGGCAGGACUAGUUAAACUUAAUGACAA